AUGGAAUUAAGAUGGUUUGUAUUGCAGCCAACUCUAACACGCCUCUCUCCUGGUUUCACCACCUCUCUUCGGCAUACAGACAAGCCCAAGACCCAGCGGGCUUUCCAAUUCAGUACCGGUAUCAAUCGAAGAAGAGCAGCGAUGAUAGCCUCACUGCUUUUGGCAAGAGAAGCUGUGCUCAAACAAGAAGUUGCAUAUGGGUUGGACUUGAGGCUCAUAGCACCAGACCAGUCAAUCCAAGAGGCAGAGAGUGGAAUCAGAGGGCAUGCAAGAGCUUUGUUACAAGUAAAAGCUCUGAUAGACUCAGAGUCAUGGGUGGAAGCACAGAAGGCUUUGAGGAAAAGCUCAGCGCUACUGAAACAGGAUGUCUAUACCAUCAUUCAAAACAAACCUGCAACUGAGAGGCCACAACUCAGGAAGCUCUACUCUGACCUCUUCAACAAUGUCUCUAGACUAGACUAUGCAGCAAGGGAUGGAGAUGAAUCAAGUGUGUUAAGGUGCUAUGAGAACAUUGUGGUGGCUCUCAGUGACAUUUUAUCUAGAAUAUGA